AUGUUAUUAUUUGCAAUCCUCAGCAUAACUCUAGCAACAUUUACAUUUGAUGAUAGCCAAUGUACAUGCAAUCAAUUAGUGGUUGAAACAGAAUGUAAAUUCAAUACACAAUGUACAUGGGAUGGAGUAGCUAAAACAUGUUCUAGAAAAUCAUGUGCUGAUUUGAAAGAUCAAUGUGCUUCAACUUAAGGCUGUGCUUUAGAUUCUAAUGGAAAUUGUAAAGACUUUACUAAGUGUGCUGAUUACACAGUCUCAGGAUUAGGAUAAUGUCAAUCCAAAGAUAAAACAUGCACUGAAGAUUAACAUACCUCAAAUGGAUACACAUGCAAAACUGGUACAUAUGUGCCUGAAUGCUAAAAAAUUACAAAUAAAACAGACUGCAAAGGAUAUCAAACUUCAACAUAAGUUUGCUUUUGGACAACAAAUCCUACGACUAAAGUUUCAGAAUGCAUGCCCAUUAAAUACACCUCUUGUGAAGAUGGAUAAUCAGAUCCCAAUUUAUGCACUCUAAAUUCUUCAUGUAAAUACACAAUUGAAAAAAAAUGUGUUCCCAAGACCUGUGCUGAUGUUACAACCGAAUUUUAUUGCACAGCUAUUCCUUAAUGGAAUAAUUCAAAAAUGACAUUAUGUUAAUGGAAUGGAAAUUGUUAGGAAGCUUCUGGAGUUGAGGUCUUAACACAAGCUAAGUGCUACUCAAGUACAUUAAAAAAUUAUCAUUGGAUUACUUCUACAAAUAAAUGUACGUUAUGCGCUACUACACCUGCAUCAUCUGGAACACCUACAGGUACAUCUACAGGCACAAGCACAAGUACUGGUACAUCUACUGGAACAACAACAGGAACAUCUACUGGAACAACAACAGGAACAUCUACAGGAACAAGCACUGGAACAUCAACAGGAACAACUACAGGAACAUCAACAGGAACAACUACAGGAACAUCAACAGGAACAUCUACAGGAACAACUACAGGAACUUCUACUGGAAGUAUAUAUUAUUUUAAUUAUAAUAGCCAAACCAAACGAUGCUUAAACCUAGAAUAAAUUUUCUUAGUUGGUUGUAAUUUCAUUAUUUAUGGCGUUAAUUCAAUGAU